AACAUCACUCUGCGCUCUGAGACUGAAUGACGCUUUAUUAAGCUAUAGGAGUAAGUGAUCACUGAUUGAAAUCGUCGGUCUGCUAUGAUGAAUCAUCUGAUUAGAAGUACUCGGACAAUCGACAAUCGUAUGAGCUGUCUCUCCGGUAGACUUUCGUCUCAUUAUCCCUGUUUGAUAUCCGAUGUUCAUUUGUUUAGGUUUCUCGACUAAAUGAAAGUUUUAAAAAGAAUAGAAUUUUUGCUGAAAAGUAACUACAGAAGAAAGACUAGUGAGCAGUUUUUUAGAACUUUUCCCGUCGUGGGAAGUUUUUCAUUCUUACAGAUAGACUCUGCACCUCUGUCGUUCGUAUUUUGAAAUGUCAUUUGGUUCUCGCGUAUUCUUCAUUUUAUUCUUUUACAAAUGGAUUUUUCGCCACUUUUUAGAUGACUGAUAUUCGUCAUCGUUCCACUAAUAAAUCGAAACCUCAAGAAGACGAUGCGACUGGUGAAUCGUACUUAAUGUCAGCUAAAACGGUCGGUGAAUCGUCUUCCGAACAAGAAAGUGAUGGUUCAGAUGACAGAGAUAAAGAACACCAACCUCUUCAUCAGCAAAUAUCAGAAAAUGAAAUCAUACUAGAGCGUUAUCCUUCAAAAUCAGCAACAUCUGACACAAAUCCACCAAAUAAACAAGAUUGGAGAAAAGAUCGUUCUUCAAUAUUAUUGUUACUAUUUUUGUAUCUUUUACAAGGAAUUCCGUUAGGUAUGGCAGCCUCAAUUCCGUUAAUUAUUCAAACAUUCGGUGCGUCUUGGUCACAGCAAGCUACAUUUUCAUUCGCUUUUUGGCCAUUUAGUUUGAAAUUAAUAUGGGCACCUAUUGUUGAUGCACUAUAUUUGAAAAGAUUUGGACGAAGAAAAACAUGGCUUAUACCCAUGCAGUAUUUAAUUGGUAUCACAAUGCUUAUACUCUCAUACAAUAUUACUAGUUUAGUAACAGCAGCAAAUACUUCUCAUUCACAUAUCUACUUAUUAACUGCCGUAUUUUUUGGCUUGUCAUUUCUUGCUGCAACUCAAGAUAUAUGUGUUGAUGGUUGGGCAUUAUCAAUGUUAUCGAGGUAUAAAAUGGGACAAACAGCCGGUUAUUUUCUUGGUAACGUCAUUUUUCUAUCAUUAGAAUCCAAAGAUUUUUCUAAUCGUUAUAUACGAAAAUUGUUUCUUCUACCUGAAGCCAAUCAUGGACUAGUCACACUACCAGGUUUUCUUUUCUUUUGGGGUUUUAUAUUUAUUAUCUCAACAACAUUCAUUGCUUUAUUUAAACAUGAAGAAGAUGAUACUGUACAUUCAGACGAACCGCAUUUUGGAAUUAUUGAAACAUAUAAAAUUUUAUUUAAAUUAUUAAAAUUAUCAUGUGUUCGCGAAAUAGCCAUUAUCCUAUUGACAGUCAAAAUAGGUUUUGCCGCUACAGAUUCUAUGACCGGUCUAGAACUAUUACAAAGAGGUGUAACAACAGAUUCUUUAGCCUUACUGGCAAUACCAUUAACACCAUUACAAAUUAUAUUACCGUUUAUUAUAUCUCGAUAUACAGCUGGUCCCAAACCAUUGCGAUUAUUCAUUAAUUCUUAUCCACCAAGAUUAUUGAUGGGUAUUAUAAUGGCAUUGUUCGUCUAUUUAACGCCAUACUUUCAGAAUUACAAUAAAACAUUUCCAUGGUAUUAUUAUGGUAUUGCAAUCGUUAUUUAUGCUAUACACCAAGUGUUUGUAUAUAAUAUGUUUGUAUCACAAAUGUCAUUUUAUGCGACAGUAAGUGAUCCAAAAGUCGGUGGUACAUACAUGACUCUUCUCAAUACGUUAUCAAAUCUGGGUACUGUAUGGAUAUCAACAGCCGUAUUGUAUGCUGCUGAUUAUUUAACAUGGAAAACAUGUUCAUUAAGUGAUACAAAAUGUUAUACUCCAGAAGAAGAGAAAAAAUGUCAAAUGUUAGGCGGUUUUUGUACACAUGCCCAUAUAGAUUCAUAUUACCUUGAGGUUAUAUUUUGUACGAUUGUUGGUAUUAUUUGGUUAUUAUGGAAAUAUCGUGCAAUUGACAGAUUACAAAACUUACCAGCUCGCGCUUGGCAAGUAAGAGAAAGUUAUAUUGCGUCAAUGAAUGAUGAUAGUGAUGAGAACUCGGACAAUUUAGCAAAUAAAACAGACUAG